AUGGCUCCGUCCUUCGAUCACCUGCGCGAGGCCGACCUCGACGACGAUGAGUUCAAUGAGGAGGAUAUUGAUAUCUCGGACCUUCGCGAGAAGUUCGAGGUUUCCUUGGAACAGGGCUAUGAUGCCUUUGUUGUUAUCGACGGCUUGCCCGCAGUCACUGAGGACCAGAAGCCCAAACUGGUCAAGUUUUUAUUGAAGAAACUCAACUCUGUUGGAAAGACGAGAGAGGAUUUGAUCCACAUGCCCAUGGGUGAUGAUGGAAAGUCUUUGAGUUUUGCCUUUGUUGAAUAUUCCUCACCUGCCGAGGCUGCUGCCGCCACACGACAGCUGGACUUGGUUCCCCUUGACAAGAAACACACUAUGCGCGUAAACAAGCUUACAGAUGUCGAGCGCUACGGCGGUGAGGGUAGAAUCGAUGAGAAGUACACGCCCCCUCACAUUGACGAGUUCGCCGAGAAGGAACAUCUACGAUGGUUCAUGAAGGACCCUUCGGGCCGAGGGCGUGACCAGUUUGUCAUGUACCGGGGUGAUACCGUUGGAGUCUUUUGGAAUAACGAGAAGGAGCAACCCGAAAACAUUGUUGACCGUCAACACUGGACUGAGACCUUCUUACAGUGGUCUCCCCUUGGCACGUAUCUUACUUCAAUCCACGCCCAAGGUGUUCAGCUCUGGGGUGGUCAGUCAUGGUCCCGACAAGCCCGAUUUGCUCACCCAUACGUCAACCUCGUCGCCUUCUCCCCCACAGAGAAAUAUUUGGUUACAUGGUCUAACCGACCUAUUUCCAUUCCUGAAACCGGCCACCCCGCCCUUUCCAUUGACGACGAUGGCAAAAACUAUGUCAUUUGGGAUAUUGCCACGGGUAUUCCUCUGCGUUCCUUCGCCAACCUUGAUCUCCCCAAGGCCGAGGAGGGCAAGCCUGCGCCAAAGCUGCAAUGGCCUGCUUUCAAGUGGUCUUCCGACGACAAGUAUGUUGCUCGAUUGACCCAGGGCCAAUCCAUCUCUGUAUACGAGCUGCCACGCAUGAAUUUACUGGACAAGACUAGCAUCAAGAUUGAAGGCGUCAUGGACUUUGACUGGGCACCUGCUACGGUCCAAAGAGAAGGUGUCAAGAACUACGAACAACUCUUCUGCUUCUGGACUCCGGAAAUCGGCAGCAAUCCUGCCAAGGUCGGCUUGAUGAGCAUUCCCUCCAAGGAAAUUGUUAGAUCACUCAACCUCUUCAGCGUCAGUGACGCCAAGCUGCAUUGGCAGUCGGAAGCUGCCUACCUUUGCGUCAAGGUCGACAGACACUCCAAGUCGAAGAAAUCACAAGCCACCACAUUGGAGAUUUUCCGAAUCAAGGAGAAGGGCGUCCCUGUCGAAGUUGUUGACACCAUCAAGGACACUGUCAUCAACUUUGCCUGGGAGCCCAAGGGUGACAGGUUCGCCAUCAUCACCACCACCGAACCAGUCGGCGUCACGGCUGUGCCCCCCAAAACUGCCGUCUCAUUCUUCUGCCCCGAAAAGGUCAAGGGGCCCAUUGCAGGCAACUUCAAACACCUCCGAACACUGGACAAGAAGAACAGCAACGCCAUCUACUGGUCACCGCGCGGACGAUUCGUUGUCAUUGCCACUAUCCACAACCAGCAGAGCUCCGACCUCGACUUCUUUGAUCUCGACUUUGAGGGCGACAAACCCGAGUCUGACAAAGACAUGACCGCCAACCUACAGCUGAUGAACACUGCUGAUCAUUAUGGUGUCACCGAUGUUGAGUGGGAUCCAUCUGGCCGCUUUGUCGCCACCUGGGCAUCAGUAUGGAAGCAUGCCAUGGAAAACGGCUACCACAUUUACGACUUCAAGGGCGAGACCUUGCGGGAAGAGCCCAUUGACAAGUUUAAGCAAUUCCAGUGGCGACCGCGACCCCCGACGCUGUUGACCAAGGACGAGCAGAAGCAGGUCCGCAAGAACCUGCGCGAAUACAGCCGAGUAUUCGAACAGGAAGAUGCCGACCGUGGCGCCUCGGCAGACCUGGCUGUGGUUGAGGCCCGACGACGCAUGCUUGAAGAGUGGUACGCCUGGCGCGCCGAUGUCGAGGAGGAAAUUUAUGAGGAGCGUGUCGCCCUCGGCUUACCGCAGGAUCCUCACGUUGCGCUACUGGAGUCCAAGACCAAGGCUAUGGGCGUUGACAGUGCAGAUCAGGAGCAAGUUAUUGAGGAGAUUGUGGAGGAUGUCUUGGAGGAGAGUGAGGAGGUUCUCGCAUAG